UUGCACCUGCUCGCCGCGCAGCCGGGCGCCAUCGAGGACGGCGCCGACGCCGUGGACCUCGGCCAGUCGCCGGGGGAUAUCGUGCUGCUCUCCGCCGCCGAUACCGAGCUCGCCUGUUUCGCCCAGGCGCAUGCCGGGCUCGAUGACGGUGCGCCCACGCUCCGCCUCGCGAACCUGAUGCAGCUCGGCCAUAACCUCUCGGUCGACCGUUACGCCGACAGGUGA